UUAAUAAUUCAAGGUUCAUAAUUUUUUUUUCAUGGAAGGUGAGUAUUAACAAGUAUUGUAUACAUAAUGUGUGUAAUUUGUAAAUAAAAAAAAUAAAAAAAGAAAGAAAAAAAAUAGUGGCAAAAGUCUGACCCACAAGCCCCUGCUUAGAUGUGUUAAAUUCCAAUUCCAAUUAUUUCUUGACAGGAGACUCAGAGGAAGAUGAACUGGGGCUUUUUGGAGAACGUCCUCAGUGGGGUGAACAAGUACUCUACUGUGAUCGGGCGCAUCUGGCUCUCUGUGGUCUUUCUCUUCAGGAUCUUGGUGUAUGUGGCGGCAGCUGAGCAGGUGUGGAAGGAUGAGCAGAAGGAUUUUGUGUGCAACACCCAGCAGCCUGGCUGUGAGAAUGUCUGCUACGACCACUUCUUCCCUAUCUCGCAGAUUCGUCUCUGGGCUCUGCAGCUCAUCAUGGUAUCCACCCCAUCCCUUCUGGUGGCCCUGCAUGUGGCCUACAGGGAGCAUCGGGAGGCCAAACACAGGAGAAAACUGUACAAGGACAAAGGGAGCAUUGACGGAGGUCUAUUCUGCACCUACAUCAUCAGUCUGGUUUUCAAGAUAAGCUUUGAGGCAGGCUCCCUGCUCGCUUUCUACUUCUUGUACAAUGGCUUUGACGUGCCCCUGCUGCUCCACUGCAGCGAGAGUCCCUGUCCCAACAUAGUGGACUGUUACCUUGGCAGACCCACAGAGAAGAAGAUCUUCCUCUACAUCAUGGGCUGCACGUCUAUUCUGUGCAUCGUUCUGAAUUUUGUGGAGCUCAUGUACAUUGUAUGGAAGCAGUUGUGGAAAUGUUUCACAAGGCGGUACAUCCCUGUGGAGGAGAAGGCUGUCAGCCACUGCCAGCCACCUGUUUCCAUUGUCAACAAGUUUGUAUCUGCUGAGCCCAGAGUAAACACAGAGAACGGCACAACACAGCCUGCAUCAAUCGCUGAAAACCAGCCUAUCCAGUCCUAGAGGACGGUAACUGACAGAGAGCUCAUGUUCCCACAGUGAAACCACAACUUGUUGAGCUGACAAACCAAAAUGGACACUGCUCACACCUGCCAGUUUGUAUCUGUGCUGUAAAAAAAGAGAUAAA